AUGAAGGAGAAGAUUUGUGUUGAUGAAGAUGCUUAUGUGGAGGGUAAUUCUGAUGUUGAAGUGGAUUUUGGGAAAGUUGGAACUGAUAAGAAUGAUGAUUAUGAUGCAUACGAUCCUGGGACUGAUUCUGAUGGUGCCAACUCUUGGCAUUCAUUGGAGAUGAAAACCCCACCCAACUCUGAAGACGAAUUAGAAGAGGAGACCGAGUCUGAUGAGGUGUUUCCUGUUUUUAGAGAGGGGGCUAGGUUCGGGGAACUUCACUUGGAGGUUGGAAUGAAGUUUAAUACAAAGUGGGAUUUCAAAGAGGCUGUUAGGGAGUACACCAUCCAGGAGGGAAGGCGUAUUCGGUUCAAUAAAAAUGAUAGGAAGAGGCUUAGGACAGUUUGCAAGGUGAAGGAAUGUAGUUGGGUCAUCUUUGCUUCCAAGGACCGAGACGAUACUUGCUGGCAAGUGAAGACUUUCAGAGAUGAUCAUAGCUGUGCAAGGGAGGAUAAGAACAGAGCAGGCAAUCGUAACUGA